AUGAUCAAGGCAGUACUUAUAUUCAAUAAUCAAGGCAAGCCCAGACUAAUGAACUGGUAUCAACAGAUGGAUAUUGGUCGACAGCAAUGUCUUCUUAAAGAAGUUCAUAGACUAGUACACAAGCGUCCAAACACUGUAUGCAACUUUCUAAGCGGUGGUGCGUUGCUAGGCGAGGAUGUUCGCAUUAUAUACAGACAUUAUGCAACACUUUAUUUUGUAUUUGUUGCAGAUGCAUCAGAGAGCGAACUAGGAAUUUUGGAUUUGAUUCAGGUGUUUGUUGAAGCUUUGGAUAGAACGUUUGUCAAUGUGUGCGAAUUGGAUCUGAUUUUUAGACCAGAGGAUGUAUCCCAGAUUCUUGGUGAAGUCAUAUCAGGUGGAUUGGUGCUGGAAACCAAUAUUCAAGAAAUCAUGUCGACAACACAUACACGCAAGUCGUCUGCAACGCAUCGAUAG